AUGCUGCCGACUUUCCUCGCAAUUGGCCUGGCGCCAUUGCUAGUCACCGCUCAACUUUCCGGCUCCGUGGGCCCAACAACUUCGUACGCAGACAAGGCAAAGAACAAUACCUGCAGUGUUCUUGACUAUGGUGCUGUCGCGGACAAUUCGACUGAUAUCGGACCGGCUAUCAGCUCGGCUUGGGACGACUGCAAGAAUGGUGGUGUCGUCUACAUUCCGCCUGGCGAUUACGCUCUCGAUUCAUGGGUCGACUUGACCGGCGGUAGCAGUUGCGCUAUUAACAUUGAUGGAAUCCUCUACCGGACUGGAACCGAUGGAGGUAACAUGAUCUACAUCGAGCAUACCUCAGACUUUGAAUUGCUCAGCUCAACUUCUAAAGGCGCCGUUCAGGGUUUUGGGUAUGAGUAUCAUAUUAACGGCAGUCUUAGUGGGCCUCGCAUAUUGCGUCUGUACGAGGUCACUGAAUUCUCUGUUCACGAUCUUGCUCUCGUCGACUCUCCCGCCUUCCAUUUCUCUAUGGAUACCUGUGAGAAUGGCGAAGUUUACAAUAUGAUCAUUCGGGGUGGAGACUCGGGUGGACUAGAUGGUAUUGAUAUAUGGUCUACUAAUAUCUGGGUUCAUGAUGUCGAGGUCUCUAAUAAGGAUGAGUGUGUCACUGUUAAGAGCCCAGCCAGUAAUAUCUUAGUGGAGAGUAUCUACUGUAACUGGAGUGGUGGUUGUGCUAUGGGCUCUCUAGGCACAGAUACCAACAUCACUAAUAUUCAUUACCGCAAUAUCUACACAUGGUCCUCGAAUCAAAUGUAUAUGAUAAAGAGUAACGGCGGUGAUGGAACGGUCUCAAACCUACUUCUCGAAAACUUCAUCGGCCACGGUAAUGCCUACUCUCUCGAUAUCGACCAAGCCUGGAGCAGCAUGGAUACCAUCGAAGGCGACGGUGUCCAGCUCGAUAACAUCACCAUCAGCAACUGGAGGGGCACUGAGUCAGACGGUGCUGAGCGUGGUCCUAUCAAGGUGCACUGUGCCAGCGGAGCACCCUGCACCGAUGUCACCAUCGAAGACUUUCGCAUGUGGACCGAGGACGGCGACUACCAGGCAAACUCGUGCGAGAACGCCUACGGCGGCGGCUCCUGCGUGAAGGAAGGAGAUGAGUACACCACCUACAGCACAGCCGUCACCGUGACCGCUGCUCCGUCGGGAUACUCUGCUCCUACCAUGGCGGCCGAUUUAAGCUCUGGCUUUGCUACUUACUCGUCUAUUCCCAUUCCCGCUAUCCCGACCUCAUUCUAUCCUGGCCUUACGCCUUCCAGCGCCCUGGCUGGCGCUUCCGUAACUUCGUCAUCCGCUAGCUUUGCUACCAGCUCGUCUACACCCCUUCGCGCCAUUGCGACCACAUCUUACUCUUCCAGCGCCCUGGCUGGUGCUUCCGUGACUUCUCCCUACGUUCGCUUUGCUACUAGCUCGUCUACACCCCUUAGUGCUAUCCCGACCACAGUUUACUCUUCCAGCGCCCUGGCUGGCGAUUCCGUGACUUCUACUUACGUUCGCUUUGUUACCAAGGUGGCACCCACACCCGGAGCUGCCCCAGAGGCCGUCGCAAAGGCCGCCUCCGAGCCCAAGGCAGCAGAGCAAGCCAAGGUGAAGGAUCAAGCCGAGGAUGAUUACUCCGAGGAUGAUUACUCCGAGGAUGAUUACUCCGAGGAUGAUUACUCCGAGGAUGAUUACUCCGAGGAUGACAUUGAUGAAUGUUCAUGA